AAAAAAAAUUCAGACGGUCUUUUCAGUUGUAAUUGAGCUGUUCGAGUGAAUAAAACAAGAAAAUUCGAGAUGGCACUCAAAGACCUUUUUAUUCUUUUAGCAAUUGCCAUCAUUGGAUUACAUUGUGAAGAUGACAAAGAAUGGUGGAGAACUGCAACAUUUUAUCAAAUUUAUCCAAGAAGUUUUAUGGAUACAACGGGUAAUGGAAUUGGAGAUAUUCAAGGUAUGAUAAGACGAUUAGAUCAUUUGAAAGAUGCCGGAUUUGAUACAUUUUGGUUGAGCCCGAUUUUCAAAAGCCCACAAGUUGAUACUGGAUAUGAUGUAUCAGAUUAUUAUCAAAUUGAACCAGACUAUGGAACUAUGGAGGAUUUUGAUAAUUUAGUGAAAAAAGCAAAGGAACUUGGUAUCCGAUUAAUGCUUGAUUUUAUUCCAAACCACACCAGUGACUUACAUGAUUGGUUCCAGCGAUCAAAAAAUAAUGAAACUGAAUAUCGUGACUUCUAUGUGUGGCACGAUGGACAUCCAAAUCCAAUUCCAGGUGAACAGCCUCUUUUACCUAACAAUUGGCUCAGUGUUUUCGGAGGACCUGCAUGGACAUGGGUUGAAACUAGACAACAAUACUAUUUGCACCAAUUUUAUCCACAACAACCUGACUUGAAUUAUCGUCAUGAUAAAGUUCGUGAGGAGAUGUCAGCAAUGUUAAAGUUCUAUAUUGACAAAGGCGUUUCUGGAUAUAGAUUGGAUGCCAUCAAUCAUCUCUAUGAAGACGACCAAUUUAGAGACGAACCCCAUUCAGAUCAUCUUGAAGAAGGACAAGAACCAAAAUACUACGAUGACUUACAGCAUAUCCAUACAAAGGACUUGAAUGAUACAUUCCUAUUCGUCUACAACUGGCGUGACAUGAUUGACAAAUAUAGAGCAGAAAAGAACAUUACAACUGAUAUUUUAGUCAUGACUGAAGCAUAUGCAAGCACAUACGAUACUAUGCGUUACUAUAGAAGUCCAACAGAUCGUAAUGUACGUGGCGCACACAUGCCAUUUAAUUUUCAACUAAUAUUUAAUUUCUGGAGUGACGCAAAAUCUGAACAUGUACGAAAUGGAAUCUUUGAAUGGCUUAAAAACAUGCCUGAAGGAGAGUCAGCAAAUUGGGUCGCUGGCAGUCACGAUCACAGUCGUGUUGGGUCUCGUGUUGCACCCGAAAAAAUUCACAUGGUUAAUACAGUUGUUCUAACAUUACCCGGAGCAUCGAUUACGUAUUAUGGUGAAGAGAUUGGCAUGCACGAUAACAAUGAUGUUCCAAAUUGGGAUGGACGUAAUAAGAAUAGAACUCCAAUGCAAUGGAAUGGUGGCAAUGGUGCUGGAUUUACUAGUCGAAGAUAUAAUGACACAUGGCUUCCGAUUCAUCCAAAUUAUCACACCAUAAAUCUUCAAUCACAAAGAGAGAAGCAAGUUAGCACAUACAAAUAUUUCCAGUCAUUGACUAAAUUGAGAAAGGGACGUGUGAUUAGGGAAGGAAGCUUUGAUUUUCAAAUUAUUAACGAAUAUGUUUUUGGCUACACUCGUGAAUUUAAAGACGAGGAAGGAUACUUGAUUAUAAUCAACACAUCAGGAAUGGAACAGCACGUUAGCCUUUCAAACUUCACAACCUUAGGAAAUGAUACAUUACGUGUUCUUACAGCAGCACCAAACUCACGAUUCAAAGUCGGAGAAUUUGUUGGAAAGAAUGAUGUUACUUUGGGUCUUUAUGACGCUGUUGUCUUUCAUUAUACAGCUUCUGCAUCGAGCAUUGUCUUAAGCAUUAAACUCUUGCUGUCAUCAAUUUUUGUUUUCUUAUUUAAUUAAUUUGAUUGUAGAUACUUUAUAGAGAAAGUCAAUAAAACAUAAUAAAAUAAAAGAAUUUAAU